UUUGAACAUUAAUACCCCAGAGGAUGGACCCAUUCUCCUGGAUUACUCUAAAAACCGACUCGACGAUAAAGUCCUGGAUCUACUCAUGAAUCUGGGGCGUGCUAGACAAAUAGAGAAGGCACGUGACGCAAUGUUUGCCGGUAAAAAAAUCAACUUCACUGAGAGUCGCGCUGUGCUACAUACUGCCUUGAGAAAUAGACAAAAUACUCCGAUUUUUGUUGAUGGUAAAGAUGUCAUGCCAGAUGUAAAUGCUGUGCUGCAGCACAUGAAGGAGUUUACGAAUCAGGUGAUCAAGAAAGAGUGGAAGGGCUUUACUGGUAAACCCAUCGAGGAUGUCGUCAAUAUCGGCAUUGGCGGAUCUGACCUGGGACCUCUGAUGGUCACUGAAGCACUGAAACCCUAUCACAUUGGUCCAAGGGUUCAUUUUGUUAGCAAUAUCGAUGGUACUCAUAUUGCGGAGACGCUCAAGAAGUUGAAUGCUGAAACAUCGUUGUUCAUCAUUGCUUCAAAGACAUUUACUACCCAAGAGACGAUCACAAAUGCUACGUCGGCUAAACUUUGGCUGCUUGAGCAUUUAAAGAAUGAAGCUGCAGUUGCAUCACAUUUUGUCGCCCUUUCCACGAACACUCAAAAGGUCAAAGAAUUCGGAAUCGAUGAGAAGAAUAUGUUUGGCUUUUGGGAUUGGGUUGGAGGACGUUAUUCCCUGUGGUCAGCAAUUGGUCUCUCCAUCUGCUUAUCAAUCGGAUUCGAUAAUUUCGAAAAACUAUUGAGUGGUGCAUUCUUCAUGGACCAGCAUUUCCGCACUGCCCAAUUGGAAAAAAAUGCCCCAGUCAUACUAGCCAUGUUGGGCAUUUGGUACUCCAACUUCUUCAAAGCCGAAACUCAUGCACUACUACCGUACGAUCAGUAUCUCCAUCGAUUUGCUGCUUAUUUCCAGCAAGGGGAUAUGGAGAGCAAUGGAAAGUACGUGACACGGUCAGGAUCAACUGUUAACUACGCCACAGGUCCAAUUGUCUGGGGUGAGCCUGGCACUAAUGGGCAACAUGCAUUUUAUCAAUUGAUACAUCAGGGGACCAGACUAGUACCUGCUGACUUUAUUGCUCCAGUAUUGUCCCAUAACAAGGUACAAGGAGACUUGCAUCAUAAGAUACUGCUCGCCAACUUCCUUGCUCAAACUGAAGCACUGAUGAAGGGUAAAAGUUCCGACCAAGCUAAAGCGGAACUUCAACAAUCUGGAUUGAAUGAUGAACAAGUGAAGCUACUCUUGCCUCAUAAAGUUUUCGAGGGAAACCGCCCAACGAACAGCAUUCUCGUUAAGAAAGUUUCACCCUUCAUUUUGGGGGCUCUAAUUGCAAUGUACGAGCACAAGAUCUUCACUCAGGGAAUACUCUGGGACAUCAAUUCCUUCGACCAAUGGGGUAUAAAGUACGUUGAAAACAACCACAGGAUGCACAAUCCUCCAAUCGGCCUGACAAUAUUCGAAACCGAAGUGUUGCAUGUUCACUGAGUAAUCACUAAAAAUCUGACCUUCGAUUCAUGUUUAUCGAACGUAAGAUACUCUCAUACACAUGCAAAAUGGCCUGAAUGUUUUUCCUCAUACCAGAAGAAUGAAAAUGAAUUAUUUAUAACUUCUAUUAUACGUAAGGUUUUCCUUUUUGUAUUUUAAAUAAAUCAACCCUGUUGUCAAUAGUAAUCACUAUUCCCUAUUUGAAAUAUUGUCAAUCAAGAAUUUAUACAGAAACUGAGAAGAAUUACAUUCAAAAAUUAUUGUUGAAAUAGCACUUAUUUGAUUCUGUUUAAAACGUGCUAAUUGUGAAAUAAUAUCAAAGAUGCACAAUAGACAUUGUAAUAGGAUAUUGUACAAUUAAGCAUAAUAAAAAGUAGUUUUCAACAGCA